AUGGCGAACCGCGAAGCGAGAUUCACCACCGAUGCCUUCGUCGACACGACGCCCAUGCCCGACCACAUCCCAAAAGUCACAGAGAUCGGAGCCAGCUCGGCGCCGUUAUUAAGUGCGUCUUUCUUCAUUGGUGACCGAUGCCGCGCCUACAACGACGAUUAUAUGCAAUGCAAGACCGAGUCCUACGGUCGAGGAGAGCUGGACUGCAUGAAAGAAGGGAGGAAAGUGACGAGAUGUGCGGCGAGCGUGUUGGCGGACAUCAACAAGAACUGUCUCGAAGAGUUUCGGGCGCACUGGAUGUGUCUGGAGAACAACAACCACCAAUUAUGGCAAUGUCGACGGCCCGAGAGGGUGAUGAACAGAUGCGUGUUCCAGAAGAUUGGUCUGCAAAAGACGAUCCCAGAGACACCGGAGGGCCAGACCCCGAUUCAUCUUCGAGAUAAACAGCUCUUUGCCGAUUCUAGGACAGUUGUCUAUCCAUGGGAGAAGGAUGUGGGCAUCAGAAAGGACGGAGCCAAGCAGCCUUCAUGA